AUGCUUGAAAACUAUUGGGCUAAAUUAGAGGCUACUCACGAGAAAUUAGCCACCCAAAAAAUCGAGAGUGCGACCUUUCUCGACUAUUUCCAAAAACAGGUCUUUAAUAUUGCGCUCAAACAGUACGCCUCAGCUAGGGUAGCUCUGCUACAACUCUUGGAGAAUAAAGGAACUCCAAAUUUAAAUCAGUCUUUACGAUUGCCUCAAGACGACCAACCGAUUAGCUCUACUCGACGUGCUCUACCUGGGAUUGAGUUGCCAAAAUUUUCAGGGAUUUACAAGGAGUGGAGGUCUCGGAGAGAUCUCUAUCAAUCUCUGGUUGGUAAUAAUCAGGACGUUCCCGGAGUCGAGAAGAUGCAUUAUCUUCGGCUCUGUCUCACUGGUGAGCCUCUGAAGCUCAUUUCUAGCUUGCCCGUCUCAGAGGAUUCCUUCCGUUCCGCCUGGAGAACUCUACUGGAUCGCUAUGAAAAUAAGCGAUUGCUCGUUGCAGCUCAUCUGGAUCAGCUCCUGAACACAACUUCAAUGAAGUCUCACUCUGCUUCAGAUCUAAACUUUCUGACCAGCUCUGUUACUGAAGCCCUCAACUCUCUCAAAGCAUUGGAUCUGCAUACUGAUCAUUGUGGUCCAUUGGUUGUCCAUGUGCUCACUCGUCGCUUGACUAAUAAGCUCCGUGAAGCUUGGGAAAAUAAGAUCGGAGCUUUCACGGAGUAUCCCACGCUCGAAGAUCUCCUUGAGUUCCUGCAAGGUCGCUCUCGAGCCAUGGAGACCCUGGAGAGUGGUUCGCAGUCGCUCUCUUCUCGCAACUCAUCUCGUCCUUCUCAGCCUAGCGUACAGACUCGAUCCACGACCAACAGCACCGCCAAGGUCAACUAG